UUCGCCGGGGCCAUUCCGGCUGGUACCGGUCCAUUCUCUGAUCUUCGUCUUCAUCCUACUUGGCUUCCCCAGCCAAAACCUUCGGGCUCUGGGCAGAAAAGCAGCGGAAAAGAUGGAUUUUCCUCUGGGGAAAAGAAGAAGGAAUGCUAAUAAAGAGGACAACCAACAUUCCCCCCAGUCCAAAAGAAAUAAGAGAAACUCUGUCUUUCAGGAUUCUCAGGAUAUAAAGCCUUCAAGCAGUAGUAAUGAAAGGAGCAGCAGCAGUGUUAACAGCCCAGAGAGAGCAAGUGGACCAGCAAGCAACGUAAACCAGAUCGUUACCGAACCCAGCGGGAAUAACCCUCAGUUCUGGCAUGAGGAAUAUGCACUGUGCCAAGGUCCUUACUCCCGCAUCAACCAGAUCUUGAAGGAGGCUCACUUCAAUAGCCUACGGCAGCGAGGACAAUCUCCAGCGUAAUGAACUAGGAGCUCCUUAUUCCAACCUAAAAUUUGUUUAUAAAAGCAAG